AUGGCAUCUGUGUCCCAGAAUACCACAGAUAUCGCGAUUUUUGCGACGUCCGAGCCAGUCCUACCAUCCAAUCGCCCUUGGGAUAACAUUAAGAGGACUACUCAAUUUUGGACCCGCGCAAGCAACGUUUACUUUGCGUACAAAACUACACAGCUGCGGGCAUAUGCUGCGCAUUUCCGCAUGUCUGAGGAGGCCAUUGAGGCUCAAAUAUGGACGCCACAGCACCAGUGGGCUGGUGACGAAAUCUAUGGCAUGUGCAUUGACCUGCGAGGCUUCUAUCUGAAGGUUGGUCAAUUCAUCGGCACGCGCGCAGACUUCAUCCCAAUGCCCAUCUGCAAGCGCCUGGCUCUCCUUCAGGAUCAGGUGCCUCCAAUGAGUGAGCAGCAGACACGAGAAGUAUUAGAGGCGGAGCUGGGGCUGCGGCUCAUCAACAUUUUCGACUGGAUAGACCUGAAGAAGCCGCUGGGGUCAGCAUCCAUAUCACAGGUGGUGCACAAGGCAAAGCUGCUGAAUGCGGGCAGGUGGGCAAAUUCUCCCAAGGAUGGCAUUGUGGCGGUCAAAGUGCAAUACCCGGGUGCCCUUGAGAUCAUGGUGCAGGACCUUUCAAACAUCAGAUUGGCCGCCGGCUUCCUCCAGAAAGAGCUCAAAUUCGAUCUAGUGUCUCCCGUGGAUGAGCUGGCAAAGCAGAUCAGGAUGGAGUUCGACUUCAAGCAUGAAGCGGUCGUCAUGAACGAAGUGGGCAAGAGUUUGCGGGCGAGCAUGAGGGAUGUGGAGGUUCCACGCAGCAUCCCAAAGCUCACCACUCGGCGAGUCCUGACGAUGAGCUUUGUCGAAGGCGACCCUAUCACCCGCCUCAAGUGGUACUUGUGGGAUUUGCAGGAGAAAGGGGAAGCGCUGCCGGCAGCGGUGCGCCAGAUGGCCGCGCGGCGGCUGUUGGAACGUGUGGCGCAAGCAUAUGGGCGCAUGCUGCUGCUGGACGGUCUCUUCCAGGCCGAUUGCCAUCCGGGGAACAUCCUUGUCAAGUCGAAUGGGAACAUCGGUGUUACAAGCAAUUUUGCUGUGUGCGGCGCAGGGCUGAUCGACUUUGGGCAGAGCAAGCAGCUGACGGAGGAGCAGCGGCUGGCAUUCGCGCGGCUGGUCCUGGCGCUGUCGGCGGCCGGCCCGGCCGAUCUGCUCAAGGUGGUGGAGGCGCUGGAUGUGGCGCAGCAGCAGAUGGUGUCCAGUGCCAUGGACGCCAUCGGGAUCCAGCUUGGCAAGGGGUCCCUGGGGCUGCGCGUGCGCAUGGCCUUCGGCAUGGUGGACCCAUUUGCAAAGGACAGCCCAAUGAAGCAGAUGUCCGUCGAGAGGUUCCCCUCGGACUUCUUCUUUGUGCUGCGCGUGCUCCAGAUUCUCAGGGGAAUGGCGACAGAGAUGGGCAUUCUGGACUUCAGCACAGCGGUGGCCUGGAAACCUCUGGCACUGGAGGCGCUGGAGGGGCCCCCCGUUCUGGCCAGGCUGGCGGCGCGCAGCUGGCUGUGGGCGGGGGGACUGGUUCCCGGCGGCUACCCGGGCGCGGCCGCGCCGGCCGGCCUGCGGCUGGGCGCGCGCUUUGGGCUGCCCAAGCCGCUUCUCCGGGCAGCUUGGGCAGCCGCGUAUGCCGCCGCGGCCGCGGCUGUGGCUCUGCUGUGGCGGGCGCCUCACAUCAGCAGCCAGGUGAGCUUUAGACCAUCCAAAUAG